CCGCCGCCGCCGCCGCCGCCCUCGUCCGCCGGUCCACAUCUAUGUCUUAAAUUGAGCCGAUGACCGCCCUUCCGCUGGACAUCAGCGAGGCCCUCCGUCAAUGUGAGCUCUCCUUCCGGGAGGGGCUCAUCACGCGGCGCGGUUUGCGCUUUUUCCGGGCGCGCGAGCUUUCCAAGGCCGUCGGCAUCAGCCCCGAUGCCAAUGGCUACCUCCCUGAGGCCAUUGUCGUGGCAAACAUCGAGCGCCCCCACAUGUCGGCCCGAGAGCUGGCCGUCCGCCGGGGCGACACCAUCACCAUCCUGGAUGUGCUGGUGUCCUCGUCAUCUGCCGGGUCGGUGGGUGGCUCCGGCGAGUCCGGCGCCUCCGGCGGCACGUCAUCAACCUCCGUGGCGGAGGCCGUGCGUGCGGCCGCCCGGAACCAGGGCUUCAUUGUGGCCGAGCACCGGGGCCGGCUGGGCCUGCUCCCGGCGGCGGCCGUGCGGGUGGUCCACCUCCCUCCCUGGCCCGGGGCCGAUGCCCAGGGGUCGUCGGAUCCUGGCGGAGUACCGGCGCACCUGGCCGGCGCCUGCCUCCAGUGCUUUGCCGCCUGCCGGGCGUGCGCCGAGCUGGAAGCCGCGGCCCCGGUGCGACCGCUCAUGGCCCAGGCCUCCAUCGACACCCUCAACCCGGGCGGCGAGUAUUCCAGCCUCCUGGCCCGCUGGCACCAGCCCCCGGACGACUGGCACGAAGCGUGGGAGCGCUGCGCGCAUGCCCUCUUCCAGUACCAAAAGACCGAGCCGGCCAACUUUGGCCCGGGCCCGGGCCCGGAGUCCGGCGUGCCGGCGGCCCUCGGCGGACCCCUACUCCCCGGGCAAGCGUCCGUGGUCCCGGUGGCCGUGGUCCCGAUGGCCGAGUUCCCCGCCCCGGCGGCGCCCCCGGCCUCCACGCACAUCCCCACUGUCAUCCUCCUUCCGACCCCGGUCCGGAACUUUGCCACGCCUUUCUCCUUCUCGCACUCGCAAACGGCCGUCGUGUCGUCGACCCCCUCGCCGCCGAUCGUGGCCCUGUCCGGCGGCCUCGGCCCCGGUGGCAUGGUUCCGCCUCCCGUCGGCCGGCCGGUCUUGCGCCCGGGGGCCGAGCCCCCCGCCGCCGGGGUGCCCCCGACUGCUCCCUCCCCGGCGGUGCCCAUCUCCCCGUGGGAGCCGUCCUACCAUGGGGCCGGCGGCCGGCCGGCCGGCGUGCCGCUCCACCCCGGCCCCGGGAAUGGCCCCUCGCCGAGCCCGUACCCUGUGGGCUUGCCGUCGGGCGGAGCGGCCCCCGCCCGGUAUGGGACCCUCCCGGCACGACUCGGGUCCGGGCAUCAUGUUCCCGGUGGCCCGGCUUUCUUGGGCCCGCCCGGGGCCGCCGGGCCCGGCGGGCCUGGCGCCCUGGGGUCUUUGUCCUCCUUCCCCAGCGCCGGGGACAUCACCUCGCUCACGUAUGACACCGGGCCCUUGAGCCCGGUGGGUGGGGCUGGCCUGGCGGAGGACCCCGGGCCCGGGGGAGGCCCCGCCGGGCCGGCGGCGGUGGCCGUGUCGCCCUUCGCCCCGCGCGGUGGCCGGCCGCCACCGGCCGGAUCGGCGGUCGCCAUGGCGGCACCGCCCCCCCCUGGCGCCGGGCAGCCGGUGCUCCCGCCGCGGCCGAUGACGACCGCCGCCCCGGCCGGCCGGCCGAUGCAUGUGCCCCCGCCCUUGGUGGCGGCCAUGCCCCCGCCGGUCCCCGGGGGUGGUCUACUGCAGGCGGAUCAACGCGCGGAGCUGGCCCGGGCCGCGGCCGACGCCACCCUGGCCGAGAUCGAUGCCCUGGUGUUUGCGUCGUCAUCCACGGUGACGGUGUUGCCGCCGCGGCCGGACUCAACCGGGCGUGUCCUCACCCGGACCGCUUCCUCGCCGACCCUGUCGACGCUGGGGCAGACUGGUGCUCCCCCCUCGACGGCGGGGCCGCCGGCGGUCGGGAAUGCGGCCGCCCCGCCGGCCGGCAGCUUGGCCGGCAAGGAGGGCACGGCCCCGGCGGCGGCGGCGGCGGCGGCGGCGGCGGCGGCGGCCGGGCCUCCCCCAUCGGGGCGGCCAUCGCCCCUGGCCGGGGCCGGCAGCGAGCCGAAUCUCCAGCAGCCCCGGCGGGAUCGGGCCAGCGCCGGCAGCCGGCCCACGUCCGCCUCGACCGAGGCCUACACCUCCCUGCUGACGGGGUCGGUGACAUCGCUGAUGGCCAGCACCUCCAGCGAAUCGUCCAUCUUCUCGCUGUCCUCGCCGGUGGGUCACACCUUCGGGGUGGCCGCCGGUGGGGCUUCGGCUGGGGCUUCGGUUGGCGGCAGCACCAGCGGCCUGUAUGGGUCCUUCACCUCGCUGAUGUCCCCCUCAUCGCCGCUGUCCGGGUCCAUGCGGCUGUCCUCGCCGCUGUCCUCGGCCUCCUGCUCGCCGACCUCCCUGGUGUCCCUCAGCCCGUCGACCUCCUGCUCGUCGUUGUCCAGUGUCCCCAGUGGGUCGCCCUUCCUGGCCACGGUGGCCCUGUCCGGUGGGUCAGGCUCUUCGCAAACUUCCUCGCGCAAUCGCCACAGCUUCCCCAUUUCCGACAUGCAUUUGCGCCUGCUCGCCGACACGGAUGCCAUGUCGCAGGCGCUGGCCGAGCCGGCGCCCCCCCCGGGCCCCGGCGAGCGCGAAUCCCAUCGGCUGUCCCGGAAUGUGGUCCUCUCGUCGAUGUCGUCCUCCGGGUCGUCGUAUGACGAGCUGUCUCUGGCCGAGAUGUCGGCCGACGAAGUGGUCACUCCGCGCGGCUCCGGGGCGGGUGACAAGGUUACUGCCUCUGCCCCUGGCGCUGGUGCCGUCGGUGCUGCCGAUGCCGCCGGUGUUGUCGGUGCCACCCAGUCCGCCAGCACCACCGGGCCCGCCAGCACCACCGGGCCCGCCAGCACCACCGGGCCCGCCAGCACCACCGGGCCCGCCAGCACCACCGGGCCCGCCAGCAGCGCCGGGACGCCAGGGCACCGUAUGACCCCCUUCCACCGGGUCCUGGGGCAACUGCAACGAGACAAGGGCCCUGGGGAUGUGGGCCAGAAGACUGGCGGUACCUCGGCUGCGACCCCCGCCAGCGCCUCAAUGACUCCGACCAGCAGCGCGCGGUAUCCUCCCCGCCGGGUGGGGCUAGCUGGCCCGGCCGGAGGCCCUGGGCCCGGUGCCUCGGCUGACUAUUCCCCCUCGUCGCUGGACCUGUCUCGAAUCGUGGCAUCCAGCGGGGGUGGCCCGUCGAGGCCGGCCGCCAGCGCCACCCCGGGCUCCGGGCCCGGCCCCGGGUCUGUGCAGCCCACGGCCCUGACGCCCACCAGCCCGGGGACCCCCUCGUCUCCGGUCGAACCGCGUGCCUCCGUGUCCAAGCUCAUCCGGGCUUUCUCCUCGCGGACAGACAGCCCCCCGUCAGCCCCUCGUGUGUCUCGUCCUGGCGUGGUGGCAGCCGGGCCGGUGGUCAGCUCGCCGGCGCCGGUGGUCAGCUUGCCGGCGCCGGUGGGCAGUUCGUCGGCCCCGGCGGCUGGCCCGUCCAUCGCGGCCGGCCGGCUGACACUCGGCGGCGCUGCUGGGGCUGCCGUCGCUGACCAGUACGAGGAUUCGGACUCCGUCGAGGAACGCCACCUCCUGCCGCCGGAGAUCCGAUAUCGCCAGCUCCAGUGGGUAGGCCGCGGGGCCUUCGGCGAGGUGUUCAAGGCCACCGACAUCACCACCCGCAAGCAGGUGGCCAUCAAGAUCAUUUCCUUGGUGCCGACGGGCACGGGCGCCGGGCCCGGUGGGGCUGGGUCUCCCUCGCGGCCGGAGCGCCUCCUGGCCGCGGCGGUGGCCGUGGUCGCCGGCAAUGGUGGCCCUGCCGGUGGGACCGCCGGCCCCGGUGGUGGGCCUGGCGGGCCGGCCGACGGUGGUCUGCCAGCCCUUGGUCGGGCGGACUUCUCGGCGGAGGACCUGUCCUCGGCGGCCGACGAGUCGACGGCCCCCUCGCGAGGGGCCCUGGCUGCCGUUCGCCGGGAGAUUGCCUUCCUGUCGAAGGUCGAGUCGCCGCACAUCACCAAGUACCAUGGUGCGUGGCGCACGGCCAAUCGUCAGCAGCUGUGGAUUGUCAUGGAGUAUGUCAACGGCGGCUCUGCCUUUGAUCUGCUUCAGCACACCGGCCCCUUCUCCGAGCCAGAGAUCGCCAUUGUCAUGACCGGCGUCCUGCGUGGGCUGCUCUACCUCCACCGGGAGCGGAAGAUGCACCGAGACGUGAAGGCCGCCAAUAUCCUCCUGUCGCUCGGGGGCGAGGUGAAGCUCUGCGACUUCGGAGUGGCCAGUGAGCUGUCUGGCGGGUCGCUGGCCCGGCGAUCCACCUUCGCCGGGUCCCCGGCCUGGAUGGCCCCGGAGGUGAUCACCCACGUUGGCUAUGACACACGUGCUGACAUCUGGUCGGUGGGCAUCACAGCCAUCGAGCUGUUCGAUGGGCGCCCGCCCCAUGCGGACUUGCAUCCGAUGCGCGCGCUGUAUGCGAUCGUGCGUGAGCCGCCGCCGGUUCCCGGAGCAGCUGGCCGGCGGUCAUCGCCGGCCGACUCGCGCGGCGGCGGUGUCACCGGCCGCGCUGGGCCCCCAUCCACCGCCCCCUCCGCGACGGGGUCUGGCCCCGACGCAAGCACCGAGUUUCGUGAGUUUGUCUCUCAGUGUUUGCAGAAGGAUUACCGGACGCGGCCCUCUGCCGAGACCCUCCUUCAAAAUGCAUACAUCCGGCGACCGGCCGACCGGCCCCCCUCGCCCAGUGAGCUGGUACUCCCUGGCAGGGCGUCGCUCGUGGCCCGGGUGCAAAAGUAUCAUGCCUCCCGGUCCGCUGGGUCGUCCGCCUGAUGGUCGACCAUUCUCGCCGAUGUCCCUUCCUCUGUUUCCCUCUCUUCCUUGUUCUCGCCCUUGCGGCACACUAGAUUUUUCCCUGCCAUCCUCCCCUGCGGCCGAGGUACGGCGACUUGCGCGCCGGCCGGCGUGGGGGAGGGCCCCUUUCUCC